AUGGGGACGAGGUUUGCCUGCGUAUCCUCCGUCCUGGCUGUGGUACUCCUCGUCCUCUCCAUCGAUCCUCUCCGCCGAUAUACUCCUAGCGGCGGUGGCGAAGCCAACGAGGAGACCUCUGGCAUACAAUUGAUCUCUCUGGACGGCGCCAUCGGACCUGAGAGCCUCGCCUUCGACGCCACCGGUGGAGGUCCUUAUACCGGCGUCUCCGAUGGCAGGAUCCUUCAGUGGCAAGGUCCAGAUAGGGGAUGGCGCCAAUUCGCCGUAUCUGCACCACACGUGUACGCAGCCCUCUCUCUCUCUCUCUCUCUCCUCUCUCUCUCUCUCUCUCUCUCUCUCUCUCUCUCUCUCUCUCCUCUCUCUCUCUCUCUCUCUCUCUCUCCUCUCUCUCUCUCUCUCUCUCUCUCUCUCUCUCUCUCUCUCUCUCUCGUUCUGUGUAGGCGUCCUCGUUGAAGCCUUAUCGAUUUGAUCAAUCCUUCCUCAAGUUGCAACCUUACCCCAUAUUAAGUUCCAGGGAAUCACAAAUUUUCCGACUUCCGCAGCCCUAAUUUCAAGCGACCUUGCAGGUGUUAAGCUUCGUCUUUACCGUGAAUUUCUUCAGGAAGCGAGAGUACUGUGGGGGCUCCCAGCACAGGACCUGGGAGCACGUGUGCGGACGCCCACUGGGUCUGCAGUUCUACCACAAGACUGGCGACCUCUAUGUCGCCGACGCCUACCUCGGCCUGCUGUCGGUCAGCCCUGACGGCGGCAGCACGAAGGUGGUCGCCACGGCAGCGCAAGGUGUCCCCUUCGGAUUCACCAAUGGGGUCGACAUAGACCAGGAGACCGGCAUCGUCUACUUCACCGACACCAGCACCCGAUUCCGGAGAAGGUAGCCGUCGAUCUGAUUAAUCCCGCAUCAGAUACAUUAAAUACGCGGUUGAUGUUCACAAUUUUAUUCGCAUUUUGCAGGGACUUCGUCGUGGCAGUUCUGUGCGGCGACAAGACAGGGAGGUUGAUGAGCUACGACCCAAAGACGGAGGAGGUGAAGGUCCUCGUGAAUGGCCUCUCCUUCCCCAACGGUUUAGCCUUGAGCGAAGAUGGCAGCUUUCUGAUCGUUGUGGAGACAAUCCCCUGCCGGGUUCUCCGGUACUGGCUCCGGUCGCCGAGGGCCGGAGAAAAGGAAGUGCUCGGCAAGUUGCCAGGAUUCCCCGACAACAUCAAGAGAAGCCCCAGCGGCGGCUUCUGGGUGGCGAUGCACACGCGGCGGAGCAAGGAGCUGGAGAUGAUCGUGCCCCUCCCGUGGCUGGGGGAGCUGCUUUGGAAGCUGCCGCUGGACAUGGAGAAGGUGGCAACGUUCGUCCUCAGAUGGAAAGCGGCGGCGUUCGCGCUGCGGCUGGGGGAAGACGGCGAGGUUCUCGAGACGCUGGUGGGGACGAAAGGGUGGCGGCUGCCGUUCAUCAGCGAGGUAGAGGAGAGGAAUGGCACUCUGUGGAUGGGAUCCGUCGGGAUGCCCCACUUGGGAGUUUUCAGGCGUUAA